AUGAUGAACUUACGAAGGAAGUUCUUGAUGUCCUUGCUCUCUGCAAAUAUCAGCAUCCUGGACGACCUUCCUGCACCGCGAACAUCAGUCGUGGCUCAUCCAGACAACACAGACCACAAGAUGUUCAAGUUGGUGGUGUUGUCCGCUUUUCUCGCAGCUGUAGUGGCGGAACCUGCUGCAGUUUUGGCACCUAUCGUCUACAGAACAAGCGUUAUCUCACCCGCUAAAACGACAAUCAAUCACCAGGCCAGCAGUGUCAUUCAUCCAUCUCCAAUCGUACAGCCAGCACCCAUAACUUAUGCUGCACCAAUCGCCUACGCCCAUCUCAUCAAGAAGAGAUCAGCGGGAUUCGCCUACAGUUCCGUCAUUGCUCCGGCUGCAUACAUUGCGAAGCCUUUGAGUUAUGCCGCACCAUUGACUACGUACACCAGCAUUACACCCUUGGCGACUACCUACUCCUCGCCGGUAUAUGCUACUGCUCAUUUAAUUAAGAAGAGAUCUACUCCAUUGCCUCGACAGACUAACUACUCUGCUAUACUUCCCACAAUACCGGCUGUUGCAUCCUUGGUCACGUCAUACCAUCCAGCACCAGUUUACUCAACUAACUUUGUGUCCACAACUCCAAUUGUUUAUACUCAUUUAAUUAAAAAGCGAUCAGCUCCUUUAGCUAUUACUUACGCUGCACCCGGUUCAUUCUCUCAUCAGUCUAGACUAGACAUCCGCACAUCUCCGGUUAUAACUUCUCAUAUUCCUUAUAUUCAUUCUGCUCCCAUAACCGUUGCCUCUUAUUUCUAA